AUGUUAUACGAUCCUAAUGAUCCAACAGCUAUAAUGAGAAAUGCAGAAGAAAAAGCUCCUUCAUCUUCACUGGACGAUCCAUCACUCAAACUAAUACUACGAAGAUUUUUCCAGCAGCUCAGUGUUGAUCCUUUUCAAAGAUCUUUUUUUUCCAUAUCCGCAAGGCUUUCUUUAACUUCUUACAAUAUGGCAGCAAUAGCAGAUUACUUAGACAGUGAAAAGGAUAAUGUAGAGCUUCGAGACCGAGUACGAACUGCUCUUCAUGACAUCGUCGAAUUAGUAGAAACGGAAGAUACAUACCAAUCUAUGUGGAAUAACAUACUUCUGAUAGUCCAACCUUGGCUAGUUUUUGCGAAUGUCGUUAUUCUUUUGCCAGCACUUAUUUUAGUUUUGAGAACUUUGAGGCCGCGAUCUUAUUGGAUGUAUAUCAUCAUUUUCAUAACUGUUCAUUCGAUGUUCACGACUUAUAAUAGAUUAUAUGAGGAGAAACUUGCCGAACGCAUUGCUGCUAGAGAAAGCAUGGAAAAUGCUUGUGCUCCAACUAGUUUGUUCGAACAAGCAUUUGACGUUGUCUCUGGAAUGGUUUCUUUCAAGAAGAAGUCAAAAUGUGUUGCAUUUAUCGAAACUCAAACCGUAUCAAUAGUCAAUGAAAUCAGCCUUUUUUCUGUUCUUACUGACGUCAUCUCGCAUGGCGUUUUUGGUUUUCUUUCUAACUGUGGAAUUCAUAUCAAUAAGUUUGUCAAAGACGUAUUCACAGAUAUGCCUAUGCAAGGCGUACUCAUUAUUGGAAUAGCUUCCGUCUUCUUGUUCGUAGGAACCCUAUUACUGUUUGUUCAAGUGAAAAUCCCGUUCUUUUUCUCAACCGAGCCUAUUCUUCUUCCCUUACUCCAAGCUUAUAUGGUCAGCACACCUGUCAGAUCUGAUGAAAUUCCUGCAAUUUCCUCUUCCGGGGAAAAGGAGCUUUGUAUUCAGGCUUCAAGUGCAUCGGAGAAGAAAAUUCAACAGCCAACUGAGAAAACUCAUAGUCAACCUAAAGCUCUGACGAACGUCACUGAUCGUUCGCCACAAAGGAAGCAGAAUAUCAGGAAACGUGUGAAACAAAGGUAUGCUGAGGAAAAUUCAUCUUCAGCUGAUGACGAAUUGGAGCGAGACUCAUCUCAAGAUACCAAACGAUCACUUAGGGCAUUAUCACCUUCUUAA